CAGAUGCGCUGAAGAGGCUUGAUGCAGGGAUCACCGCCGAACGCCCGAUCACAAUGCAGAGGGCGCCACAGCUGCAGCAGGACAACAUCGACCGACGGGGCGAGGUUGGCAAACAGAACAGCGAGCACGCGAAGCAGGGAGGAGGAGGCAAUGCGGCUCCACAGCCAAUCGGGCGAGCGCUCUUCGACACCGCCGACGGCAUCUUUGACCUUGAAGGACUUGAGGAGGACAUGGUGCUGGACCAUCGAGCUUUCUACGAAUCCGAAGAUGACCUUGAAACUCCGGAAACAACCGACGACUCUUCGAACUCGUCGAGUGUGACGGAGCACGACCACUCGUCCGCUGCCGUCAACAUGUACGGAGGUCGCCCGUCGCAGAGCUCCUACCAGGUGGCGCAGUCUCUGCCCAUCAACAUGCCGCUGGAGACGCAGCAUCAUCAGCACACCGCCGCACCAACCGGCGGCGAUCGAGCGGUGAGUCAUUCAGGGGUCCCGUCGAUCGAGCGGUGAGUCAUUCAGGGGUCCCGUCGAUCGA